GUUUAACAGCAGGUUUCUGACUGAUUCUAAAUUUUGUGAUUUGACAAAUAACGACAAACAAUCUGACGAACACCUUUUAACAUUUAGGGUCUCUCUCUUUCUCUGAAUGGCUCACACACAACAAAGUUUUCCUUUCCUCAGUUUACUCAAAGUAGUCGGGAGAUCUCUUACUCUUAGUUGGACAACUCUAUUGCAUCUUGCAUCAAGUUCUGUCAUUGGUUCACUGAGUCCCAUCUGUUGACUCUUUCCUGUUGUUAACUUGUUAGUGCCUUCUGCACUCACACAUAUGCUCAAUUCCUCUUAUUCUUAUUGAAAACAAUGUUUCUUCUAAUGCAACCUUCAUGUUUUAAGUGUGGGUUGAUGGCUUGGCGUCCUGACUGCAUCAAUAUGAAGCCUUCUGAGAAUUUUCUUGGCGUUUUGAGGUCCAAGUCGACUAAGGAGGAGUAUAUCGAAACUUUGGUGCUAAGCAAAAUAGAGGGAUCAGCUGUGCUCUUUUGCCAACGGCUGAAAUAUAGAGUAAAAAGUAUUCAGGUGCCAGAUGGAAGUCCUUCAGAUAUUAAAACAGAAGCUGAACCAUCCAUCUCCCACUUUUCAAAUGGCAAAAAGACUUCUGGUAAAAAAUUCAGCUGUAAGCUGUGUGGUAUGGAGUAUCGCCAGAGUAUAAGCCUUGUGCGUCACAUGCGAAUACACACAGGUGAGGCGCCGUACACCUGUGAACUCUGUGGGAGGGGAUUCCGACGUAAAGACUGGCUUGAUCUGCACAGCAGCGUCCACACGGGUAACAAACGAAAGAGUGUGAAGCGUUUCAGUUGCGAUCAGUGUGAGAAGAAGUUUACUGGCUCCACUGCACUCCAAAGUCAUUUGUAUAAACACAAAGGUGAGAGGCCGUUUGCCUGCGUGUACUGCGACAAGACGUUCUACAGUCAGACCAAUCUUAAACGCCACCAGGUCGAUUCCCAUUCUGACAGCAAACAGUUCUGUUGCCCCAUGUGUGGAAUCGGAUUCUCAAGGCUUUUUUCACUGCAGAAACACACACGGAUUCACACGAGAGAGAGGCCUUUCUCCUGUCCAGACUGUGGAAAGACAUUCGGUUAUAAAUAUUCCAUGAAUAUACAUCGUAAACGUUGCAAAAGCUGACAUAAUGCGCAUUCAUGUAUGUCACGUGAAUUUAUGAUUCUCUUUAUUCUUAUUUGUUUUAAGCCACAUCACUUUUCUUCAUGAAUCUCAUUAUACCUGUUCAGUGCCAAUAAAGAGGUUGAUUUUA